AUGCCUUUCGCCGACACGGUCUCCAGCCUCAGCGGCCGCAACUCCAGGGCCAGCAAUGUCUCGGGACAGUCUCGAUCACAGCAUCGCUCGCCCCCGACGAGCAGCAACGACACUUGGUCCAAUGCAGGUGUUCUCAGCAUGUUAAAGACUUCAACGGAUACCGGCGAUAUCGGUGCUCUUUCAUUCAACAACUCACGCCUGCCUGGAAUGCCGCACGCUCGCCAGCGCGGCAGGCAGGGUCACGGAUCGAAGGUGUCGGCUUCGGGCCAUCCUCAUAUCACGAGUCUCUCGUCCAACCAUAGCUAUGCCCCAUCUCAGACUUCACGUGUUAGCUCGCAGUGGGACACUGCUUCCACAACCCAGCGUCGGGGUUCGCUCACGAGUAUGCAGAGCAUGCCACCUUCUCUACCUCCAGUACACGGUGGCAAAUCAUCCAUUCCCGCGCGGCAGCCUUCUCAAGACGUGGACCCGCGUGACAAUAGAUCAUAUUCGAUGGGGUCCGCCGUUCCAGGUGGGCAGCUCCCGAGACUGCGGUCAGCUGCAAGCCUGAAGAGUCAAGGACACGAGCCGAGACACAUCAAUCACAUGCCCCCUGGGCCAGUGCCUCCGAUGCCAGAGAACCGUGGACCAUUUGUCUACCCGACCAGACUGAAACGUCCAGGCUUCCGCUCUGCUUCGCCGGCUUUGAGCGAUUCUUACCCGGCACCUCACAUGGGAGGGCCGCAAAUGGGACGAAGAGUUCCUGGUCCUCAUCCGCCGCCAAUGGCUGCCUACAAUGGCUACAACGGCGUAUACAUGGGGGAUUACAACAAUCCACAACAAAAUAUACGUCCGCCACCUCGUUUAGCGGACAAUCCCGCAGAUCCAAGCUACGGGCCCAGUCAGUACGCAUAUCAGCAAGGACCGGUGAGGCAAGCACCAUUACCCGGUAUGCCGCAUCCCAUGCAACAGCCAUACCCACCUCAAUAUCCCCCGCAGUCUCGAGCUCAAUACGGCCCUCAAUAUCCUCCAGGCUACACAUACCCUCCAUAUGGCCAAGUGCCCCAACAAAGCAGAACGCGCGGGCACCCUCCUCCCUCGAACAUUGGCCCCAUGGCACAUCACAUGUUUCACAAUGCCGCUCGAAUGGCUCGCAACCUGCCACAGCGUACUGACACGCCGAUGACUGAUGGAGGGCCUCCUUCAUCUGAUCCGGCUUCUGCAAGCUCGGCACCGGACUCAUCAGGCCCUCCAACACCGAGAGAUGCGACGACGACAGUACGAGUGGGCGUCGACCCGGCUUUCAUUGAACCAGAUCUGCUUGAUCUACCAGAUUCCAGUGAGCCUAUGAUGCCAGGACACAAGUACUUCGAAUAUGCCGAGGGUCGCGACGAGCAGGCAGAAGUCCCGCACGCUUCGAUACCACCUUCUGGAUUCGUGCAACGUGUCAAGGCUAUGCUUGAGUCCAAAGCAGCACUUGAGGCUGCACAGCAGCACGAGAAUGAAAAGGCCAUGCAGCUGGCACAUCCACAGCACGUGUACCUACACGAGCUCGAUGUAGACCAAGAUCAAGAAGGCGAAGUAUCCGAUCUUGCAGAUCUACACGAGAUGGCUGCCAAUGAGACACCACGCUUCACCAUCAUCGAAGAGUUCGAAGCGCCUGCGGAACUACCCGCGUCACCAGUGAAAGUGGCCGAGUUGGAUGCCAUGGAGACUACUCGCAUUACAAGAGACAUGAUCAGAGCGGAGCUGUCUUGCAUAUCAAGUGCCGACAACACCCUUCAGCAGGUGCAGCCCGAUGAUUCGACUGCCAAUGUCAUCAAGCAGCUUGUCGAACGAGGAGACGCGCCCAGUGCUCCAAUACAGCCCGAGUCAUCGAAGCAGGAGAUCACUCGGCACUCACGUCGCUCCUCUCGUCAGAGUGCUACCAGUAUCAAGCGUCGACAUGAUUCGGUCCCCGAAGCUAUUACGGAAGUCUCAAUGGAGGCAUCUCUGCCCACUGGUGCAGACUAUGCGAUGCGUUUCCAGGUUCCCAUCGACACCACCGACUCGUCCGACGAGACACAGUCCAAGGACCCAUUUGCGCUUGAUGCUGAUACAGUCACGCUACAACACCAAGCCGCGGCUGCGAAAGAGUCGAGCGGAGUCGAAGUGAUUGAAGAGGGCAAGAAGACUCCUGGGGUCGAUGCUGCUCACCAGAGCGUAUUCCUUGACUUGACACCAGUCAGCCCAUUGCGACAGGGCGAAGUGGUGAAGCGCAGCUCUGCCGUCAGUCCCAUCCAAGAUGAAGCCCGAGGCAUCGACGAGACUCUGCGAGUGGCUGGAGACGACACUCGAGGAGAGGAAUCGUCUACUAGUAUCCAGGAGGCCGCCACAUCCAACACGCUGUCAGCCGACUACGAAUCGAUGCCACCUCCGACACCGCGAACCCCUAGGACAUACUCGAAGUCUGUUCAGCUUCAUCGCCCCAGCACCGCUGUGCCGGAGACCUCAAGUACAAAUAGCAACCGCUUCUCGCUGCCUGGAGACCUCAGCACUGUCGGUGACACCACGUUGAACUCCGCUUCCGACAUGAUCACCGACGUGGCCGUGCGUUUCUCUUUGCCCGGGACGACCAUCACUGUUGGUAAGCCGCAGAUUAUCGAAGUAUCGCCAGGUUCCACACCCGACAAGCUUAACGACGAGUCACCCAAAUUUCAACCGCAUUUUACCAAGCAGUCUGGUUUGAGGUCGAGCAGGCGUAACUCAGUCACGUUUGCCGACGAAAUUGCGCCCCUCAACAUCAAGAAAUCCGACUCAGCCAAAGCUGAAGCAUCUUCAAUUCAACACAAAUCCAUUAUUCGCAAACUGGCGCCUCGAGAUGAUCACAGCCAGCUGACCAAGGCUUCACGUGACACCACGACAGAUAUGCGUUCGAAUAAUAGCAACAACAGUUACAGCACUCAUGCUCGGCUCGGCAGCGCGCACUUACACCAGCUGCCUGGCCUCAAAGAAGAGUCCAUUGAGGACAUGGGCAGCCCUGAGAAGAAGCGAUCUUCGAAGAAGAGUGACUUUCCGCUGCCAGCUCGGAUUGCUGCCGUCAAAGCCAUGCAAGAACGACGAAUGCAGGACUCUGCGGACAAGGCUAAGGCUCGCCGCAACGCUCAAAAGCACAAUCGGCCACUUGGCGACAGCAAGGACUUGCCAUCCUUGAACUUCAGUCGCACUGAUCUGUUUGAGAAGCUUAACGAUGCUCUGGAGGUUCGGCCUACCAAGUCGAUGGAUAUCAUUCGUCGAAGAGACUUCACGGGAAUCCACUGCCCAUCGCCUCGACGUCCAAUGAGCACCGAACCCCUUCGCGAUCGCUACGCAAGCUUCUUCAACAAGCCGGAGGACUUUAGCUUCUGCGAUGAGGUUGGCACCAGCGAUGAAGAGGAUGACGAGGCGGAGCUCGAGUCUGCGUCGAAGCAUGACAACGACAAGGCACUGGUACCAUCUGUCCAGAUCCAAGAAAACACACAGACCGAGCUCGAAGAUCCUGCAGCAAGCCAUCGCCCGCUGUCUCCAGAAGACUUCCUUCACGUUGCGCAGCAGGCCAGUCGUCUGUCGAUACCAUCUGUGGCUGGUUUGUCUGAGCGCAUUUCUGAGCUCAUUCCUGGUUUGCGUAAUCUGUCCAGCCUCCGGCUAGAUUUCUUGCCAUCCGAGACAGACAUGCAUCCUGGCUAUGCUGGUACUACUGAAGUUGGUAGGCCUGAUACUAUCCUCACCAACCGCACCUCUGCUGGCUUCCGCACUCUUGCUGAGCGUGCCGAAGAGAUCGUUAUCAACGGUACCCACGACUCGAUUGCACCUUCAGCUCUGCAUGCGCUGCUCAAUAAGGAGCUGCCAGCGCUACCUAAAACCGCCUCUGUCGAUGGAAUCGCUGGCGUCAACACCACAAACGGCAAGGGAGCGUACCUCAGUGGAUCUAUGUCUGUACCUGUCGACCUGGGCAAAGAUCCUAUUCGCCCCGAGUCUGCGUUUCUAAGAACCAAAGCGCCCACUACAGAAGCAGAGGUUCAGAAAUUGCUGCCCAAAGGAAUGAAUCCCAUCAGUCGCAUGUCCAACAGACGUUCAAUGAUCGUGUCGCAGCCGAACAGUCGUCCUUGGAAUGUUGACAAGAAUUACCCGUGGUCGGGCAAUAAGAUCGCAAUCGACCUUUCGGUACCGUCCCCUGCACAUACCAACACAUCUCUCGCUAGUGAAGUCCUCCGAGAACGCAAGACUCGGUCUCUUGAUUUGCCCAGAUCUCUUGUGGGAGGUAAUGAUAUCAAUGUUGGGAUCACCACCACAUCGCCCGCGGAAUCCAGAUUUUCUGUGACUACUGAACAGCUCACCGGAAUCAGCCCAUCACACCUGCGCCACAAGUCGAAGCGUUCAAUAAUCGGCUCCAUCUCGAAGAAGUUCGGCCUCACUUCUAAUCAUACUGAAGCAACGUCAAGGAGCCUCCCAGGUUCGCCUGUUCCCCGGCAGGCGUCUGUGCUCUCGCACAGACCUGGCGAUCGAUAUCCAACCAGUAGUCUGACGCCACCUGCUAUUGCCGCACUCGAUGAAGUACGCUCGUUCUUCUCGGAUAACAGCAUGGAGCGCAACCGUACGGCAUCGUUCCGCAAGCGCCUCACACAAUUCAAGGGCAAGGGCAGAACUUCUCGUGCAGACCACCUACCACGGACAGCUCACUCUCUCGACAUCCAAGGUAACACCGAAUACAGCGCGGGGUCCGUCAACGAAGCGCGAUCGGAGAGUGCGACCAUGCACAUGCAGUACGACGCCGCUGGGAUGGGCAAGGCUGAGUUCCACUUCAAGCGCUUUGGAGAGAAGCUUCGACACUUCUUUGCCAAAGGGAGCGUAUUGUUCCGGAGCAUGAGCACCCGAGGUCGACCGAGGCGAGAAGAACCAAGAGACGAGUGGCUUGCAGAUUCACUCUAUUCCGUACAUGAAUCUCGACUACCUGUAUUAUGGGAAUCUCUGAUGAAUGCAUCAAUUGUCCUUCGUCUCACUGCGGGUCGCCUUCUUCUUGAUCCACUCGCCGUUGUUUCCGCGCCGACUUCAUGGCGGGCGCUUCUUCGUCGACCUUGGACUGCAGGGCAGUCGCUAUGGCGGGCACCGAAACGGAUGAUGCUAAUUGAUGAUGGUCAUUCGAGGUGGGAUUAUGCAUCGAACUCAAUAAUGGCUGUACAUCCUGGACAUCGUCGCCAGGUGUUGUGA